AUGGCCAAGGGUGGCCAGGAAACCCCACAAAGCAGCAUGAACCUGCUUCUGGGCACUGUCCUGCUGCUUCUGGUGCUGCCUGAUGCUGCUGGGGGACAAGACAGCUGUGCUGGUGAGUGGUCCCCCCCAUCCCUGCCCUUGCCAUGGUGCCCACCCAGUGCCACGGCACCCAGCAGGCACCCUGCUCCCCUCCUCCCAGCCCUGAGGCGGGGUGACAGGCACCACCAGUGCUGCGACAUGGUGGAGUCGGAGGAGCAAGGCAACGGGACCCUCAGCCCCGACUUGCCCCAGCGCUGCCCGGAGCUGGGGCACUCCAGCAGCUCCGCUUGUGCCUGCCUGCGGGAGCGCUGGCUCAGGUAGUGGGCAGGGGUGGCCAUGGUGGGGUUUGGGGGCUCAGCCCCUGCAUCCACCGAUCCCACAGCCCUCCUGCCCUGCAGGCUGCUGCAGUCAGCAGGGCUGGCGCUGCACGGUGGGCUGGCUGGGCUGAAGGUGCUGCUCCUGAAUGUCAGCAGGGCUGUCACCCGUGAUGUCCUCAUCACCUUUUCCCCCAAGGAGGGCCCUAGGAUGCUGAACAUGACAGAGAAGGGGAAGGCAGGCAAGAUCCAGCUUCCCAGGGAGAUAUUCCGGUCCCUGAGCAGCCGGACAGUGCGUGUGGUGGUGACGGUCCUCAACAUCCAGCAGCUUGGCAUGUUCAAGGAGGUCAACCAGACAGGGCAGGUCCUGGACGACACUGUGGUGGGCAUCAUGGUGGGAGAGACAAGCAUCUCUGGGCUGCGGGACCCUGUGCAGCUCACCUUUGCCCACAGGCAGCUGCUCCAUGACAUCACCCCCCAAUGCGUCUUCUGGGAUCCCAGCAAAGGGCAGGCAGGAGGCUGGAGAAGCAGUGGAUGUGUCACGCAGCCUGAGGACAAGAGGACAGUCUGCUCCUGCGACCAUCUCACCUUCUUCACCCUCCUCCUGAAUCCAACGCUGGACAGAUCCACGGCACAACCCUUGAUGGCUGUUGCCACUGCUGGCUGCGGGGUAGCCAUGGCUUUCUCCAUCUUCACCAUCGCCUUCUGCAUCUUCUUAAGGUGCAGGUUCAGGUCCGAGGAGACCCUCUGCAUCAACCUGGGGCUGCACGUGAACCUCGUGGGCAGCCUGCUCCUCCUCAACCUGGCCUUCCUGCUCAAUAGCGGGCUCGCCGGUGGGACCCAGCUGGGGACCUGCAAGGUCCUGGGGGGGUUCACCCACUACUGCCUGCUCUGCUGUUUCACCUGGAUGGUGCUGGAGGGCUGUCACCUCUACCUCCUUUUCGUCAAGGUCCUCGGCACCUACAUCCGCCACUACCUGGCGAAGCUGUGCCUGGUAGGCUGGGGCUUCCCCAUUCUUGUGGUGGGGGUGGCAGGAGCCAUCGACAGCUACGGAAAAUACGGGAUCCAGACCACGGACCAGGAGGUCAUAGCCCACUUGUGCUGGAUCACUUCCAAACGUCUCGUGGUCCACUACAUCACCAACUGUGGUUACUUUGGCCUCAUCUUCCUCUUCAACAUGGCUGUCUUGAAGAGCUGCUGCCUGCAGCAUACAGGGGCAGUGCAGGGAGACCGCAAGGCCUGGAAGGUGGCCCUGGUGGCGGUGGGGCUCUUCUGCCUUCUGGGAGCCACCUGGGCCCUUGUGUUCCUCACUUAUGGCACCUCCUCUGCGCCCGUGCUCUACCUCUUCACCAUCCUCAACUCUCUCCAAGGAAUCUUCAUAUUCAUCUGGCUCGUUGUCCUCUAUUACCCGAAGACAAAGGAGAUGGCUGGCUCCCUCUCCCACAUCAUCAGACAUGACAAAAACACCACAGUCUCCCAGGACUAA